AGCUAAAGUUUCCAAAAAGUUAGAAUAACUUCCUCUCUCCAAGACCUCAAUUUUUUGCACAACCCCGCUCCUUGAAAUAAGAGCCCUUCAAGCAACCUGGAAAACGUUUGGUCAGCAAAAAAAAAAAAAAAAAAAAAAAAAAAAAAAAAAGCCCUCCUGUUUUUCCAAAGGAUCUGUCUCAGGAAUUUAAAGCACAUUUAAGACACACACACACUCACAUAACAUAAGGAGGGGGGGAAAGUCUCUUCCCCUCCCCUUCUUGCAGAAAGCAUGGAAGAAAGCUCCAGUUCUCCUGUUUCCCCUGUGGAUAGCUUGGGGACCAGUGAAGAGGAGCUGGAAAGGCAGCCAAAGAGAUUUGGCAGGAAGAGAAGAUACAGUAAGAAGUCCAGCGAAGAUGGCAGCCCCAACCCAGGGAAGAGGGGGAAAAAGUCCAGUCCCAGCUCCCAAUCUUAUGAAGAACUGCAGAGCCAGAGGAUCCUGGCCAAUGUCAGAGAGAGGCAGAGGACUCAGUCGCUCAAUGAAGCUUUUGCCGCCUUGAGGAAAAUCAUCCCCACUUUGCCCUCUGACAAACUCAGUAAAAUCCAGACCCUCAAGCUGGCAGCACGGUAUAUAGACUUCCUCUACCAGGUGCUACAGAGCGACGAGAUGGACAGUAAGAUGACGAGCUGCAGUUACGUGGCUCACGAGAGGCUGAGUUAUGCCUUCUCCGUAUGGAGGAUGGAGGGAGCGUGGUCCAUGUCGGCCUCCCACUAGCCACCGCCUGGGCCAGGCGAGCCCAGCUGCCGAAGGGACUGUCCAGUGUCUGAGACUGAAGUGGAAUUGGGAUAUAUCCAAGUUUGUAGCUUCUGAAACCUUAACAACCUCAAGUAAACUGGUCCAAAAGACCCCUCUUGACCUCCCUCGCUCUGAACUCUUGUGGAGCACUUAGACUGAGCAGAAAACAGCACCAAAGCUAACAGUCUGAAACUUUGCAACAUCUCUCACCAAGUGACUGACCAAAGAGAAAAGAGAAGCAACAUUCCUGAUUGUUCGUUGUUGUUGGGUUUUGUGUCUGUCUGUGUGUUUGGUUUUAUUUCUAAUUUUUUUUUUUUCUGAAAAAUCUUAAUUCAGGAAUACAUUUAUGAGAAAUCUUUGGGUUUGGAUUUUACUUCCCCUUAGCUGUAUUAUUUUGGGUUUUUUUGUCUGUUUUAUAAAAUUCAAAACCUGAUUUCUUGUACAUUAAUGUCAGAACUGGACCAAGGCUCUCAGAAAAAAAAAAAGAAGAAGAAAGCCCACCGUGUCCCCAGCUCCCUGCAUGAUUUGUUUCAAGUACAGCCUGGAUUACAGACUGCCCUACACACUCUACCGCCUUUUCCUUAUUGCUCCAUGAUUUGCUACCGCUCAUCCCCCCCCCCCCCCCCCCCCUUUUUUUUUUCAUUUUCUGUUCCAGUGUAUAUGUUGCUUAUUUGUUUUAUUUAUUGAGAUAUUUUUAACGAGCUAAGAGACUGCAAUGUUGCUGUGUAUACUGCUUCUCUUGCCAAUAAAAAUAAAGAUGUCAUGCAGCUACCGGGGGGUAUGAGAU